AUGGUUCCAGCUUCCGCUGCUGUCGGCCAUCAAAGCUCUCUGCAGGUGGCCCUCCGGCGCCUCAGUGCAAUUAAAAUAGACAGUGGAAGAUCUCCCAGCUCUUUGAGUCUCUCAACAAAGGCUGGCACUAUGAGCACACCGUCAAAGAACCCACAGCGUGCCCCAUGGCGCGAUCUCCUUGACUCUCAACUCAAACAGACCCCUGGGUAUGAAUUCACAAUUGCAACUAUUGGCUACGAUGCUCAACAACGUCCUGUACCUCGCCUGCGGACUUGCGGCUGUCGUGGUUUCUUCCCAGAACUUGAGCUCCAUUCUAAGGGCCAGGAAGCUAUGGAUGAGCAGGUGGAAGGUGGUGGUAAUCCACCCGUAUUCGAAAGUGACAUGCUGUCAUUUACCACAGAUGCUCGAAUGGAGAAACUUCCUCAACUAGAGUCCUCGGGUCAUGCGAUUGAAGCUGUGUUCUGGUUGAAGGGUCUCAUGACUCAGUGGCGCAUCAAGGGAACGGCAUAUGCAAUUGGCGACCCAAGUGGAGAAGAUGCACAGGAAGAGAAGACAUCCCGAACCGAGAUCAGAAAGGCACUGAGGGUGAAAGGGGAUACUGAUAGCGAUAUUGCGAAGUGGACAUGGCAAAAGGCUGUCACUAAGUACUUUGCGAACCACUCCCCUGUCGCAAGAGGUUCAUUCCGAAACCCUCCCCCUGGACAACCUAGAUCCUCAACUCCCAGUCAAUUGGAUCUCAAGCUGGGUCAAAAGGUUUUGGACCUCCAUGAUCCUGUUGCAAGGGCAAAUUUCCGAGUUGUUGUCAUUCGGCCCGAGCAGGUUGAGCGUUUAGAUCUUACUGAUCAAGAGGACGGCAAACGAUGGAACUGGACAUUGAGUAACGGAAAUGAUGGUUCUCAGUGGGAUGAAAUGGAGGUGUGGCCGUGA